GCGGCCCCGGGCGCGGGGCAGCGCCGGCGGAUCCGGGGCCCCCGGCCGCGCAGGACUCCCUGCCCCCGCGGGGCCGCCUCUUUCUUUCCCCCGGAAUAAAUAACAUGGAGAAAAUCCCCGCGCCGCUCUUGGCCGCGCUCCCCCGACCUGCCUGUGACGCAAGCGGAGCCUACUUAAGGGCGGAUUAGCGGCAGCAAGACAUUAAAGCCCAACCUGCCUCCCCGCCAAGGCGGGCUCCAAGCGCACCCCCGCAGCCCGCCUGCCCGCCCGCACCCCGCGCUCCCGCCCGGCCCGGCCCGGCCCGGCCCGGCCGGCCCGGCCCCGGCCCCGGCCCCGGCCCCGGCCCCGGCGCUGCGGGGCGGCGCACAGGGAGGCGAGGAGAGGCGAGGCGAGGCGAGGCGAGGCAGGGCGCUGCGGAACCCCCCCCGCCCGCCCACGGCAUCGCUGGCCUCAGCCCCCGGGGGACCCCGGGCAGCAGGAGGGAGGAGAGCCCCGCCGCUUCCUUCCGCAGGCUCCUGGCUCCGGAUGCACAGCGAUGGGGGAAUGGACCAUCCUAGAGCGCCUGCUGGAAGCGGCCGUGCAGCAGCACUCCACGAUGAUCGGGAGGAUCCUGCUGACCGUGGUGGUGAUCUUCAGGAUCCUCAUUGUGGCCAUUGUGGGGGAAACGGUUUACGACGACGAGCAGACGAUGUUCGUGUGUAACACGCUGCAGCCGGGCUGCAACCAGGCUUGUUACGACCAGGCGUUCCCUAUUUCUCACAUCAGGUACUGGGUGUUCCAGAUCAUCAUGGUUUGCACCCCCAGCCUCUGCUUCAUCACCUACUCUGUCCACCAGUCCGCCAAGCAGCGGGAGAGGAGGUACUCCACCGUCUUCCUCACCUUGGACAGGGACCAGGACUCCAUGAAACGAGACGACAGCAAGAAGAUCAAGAACACCAUUGUCAACGGAGUGCUACAGAAUACGGAGAACUCCACCAAAGAAGCUGAGCCUGACUGCCUGGAAGUGAAGGAAAUCCCCAACCCGGCCAUCAGAACCACCAAGUCCAAGAUGAGGAGGCAAGAAGGCAUCUCCCGGUUUUACAUCAUCCAGGUGGUCUUUCGCAAUGCGCUCGAGAUUGGAUUCUUAGUGGGGCAGUACUUCCUGUAUGGCUUCAACGUCCCUUCCAUGUACGAAUGCGACAGAUACCCUUGCAUCAAGGAAGUUGAGUGCUAUGUCUCCAGACCUACUGAGAAGACUGUCUUCUUGGUAUUCAUGUUUGCGGUGAGUGGGAUUUGUGUGGUGCUCAACCUGGCCGAACUGAACCACCUGGGCUGGAGAAAGAUCAAAAUGGCGGUGAGAGGAGUACAAGCCAAAAGGAAAUCCAUAUAUGAAAUCCGAAACAAAGACCUGCCAAGAAUGAGCAUGCCUAACUUUGGCAGGACUCAGUCAAGCGACUCAGCUUAUGUGUGAGCCUGUGACAGAACUGAAACACUGUGCCAGGUGGAACAGACCCAGACAACAUUAGGGAAAGGUACAUUGCUUAGGCAAGCAUUUUAUCAAACCACCAAGAAAGCCAUUAAGGUAUCAGAUCUGCACUUAUUGAACUAGAUACAACAAUGCAGUACGACAUCAGAGACUGAAAAAACAGCUAUAAAACUAUGCUUGAUCUAGCCUUACAGCACAGUUACUUUAUUGCUAAUGAUCCAAUGUUAUCUUUUGACUGGAGUGGCUUGUUUUGGUUAUCGUUAGGGUGAGAUUACAGUCUGGACUGUCUGACUAAUUGUUGUAAACAAGUGUAGAAUGUUCAUAUUUAAAAAAAAAAUUGCAAGGAUGCUCUUUACUGGGGAGGGAGGGGAUUGUUGCGAUAUGCAAAUGUAAGCAUGCUCUAAAAGGAGGGUAAUUGCACUGCUAGCCACCUGACCACAAAUUCAGCCAGUACAUUUCUGCACUCCCAUCUCACAGAUGUCUGACUUUAUUUCAUCCAUCCAGGUCACAGAGUUUCUUACUGGUGUGUAUUAUUAGCUAUUUUCAAAUAUAGGUUUGUACAACAGUUAAUUACACUAUACAGAGUAAUGCUGAAUAUUAUUUUGCCAUUUUUUUGUUUGCCUGUCCACACACACCAGAGACCUUAAUCAUCUUAUGUUAGUCGUGAUCCACAAAAUUUGUCAGUACAUUUAAAAUAAUUCCCUGUGCAUAAAUGUGCAUAAAUAAGAUGGAAUUAAUAUUCAGCCAAGUUAUGUAUUAACCUAUGAUGAUCUAACAGACAUACCAAAGGAACAGAGUUUGUUGCUUUUAACUGUGAAUAUGUCACCUUCUUUCUGCUCUUAUUUAUAUAAGUGCCAUACUUGAAACAUCUAACUCUGUACUUUGUCAAAAGGUCGUCCGAGGUAACAGCUGGAGUAAUGUGGUUUUAUACUCUCCUAUGUUUCUUUUAUGCUAUUUGUUUAGUCAUUGCAAUGGUGUAAAAAAGCAGCUAAUAAUUCAUUGAUAAAUAAAGUACUUGCCUUUUUUUUUGUAAAA